AGCUGUGUGCUUCAAGCACGGUGCAGCACAGUGUUCUGUGUUUGAAACGCAAAAGUUAGCAAGUCUCGAAGCGCAGUACGGCUGGAACACGAUCACGCGCUUGAAGCAUUUGCCCGAGGUGCCCUAGAGUGCGCCGUGGUGUUGCCAAAUUUCUUAGGCGCGGUUGUUGGUUGUUUUACCCUGGGACACGAAAAGUUGUAGAGAAAAAGUGAGGAAAUAUUCGUUAGUUAUCAGCCUCCGAAAUGCGUGUCACUCAAAUCCUCUUCAAGCAACAUAUAGGAUGGCAUUUCAAAAAACAUUGGCUUGUCCAGGGCAAAAGGAAAGUGGUGGAAACUGGAGCCGAGAAAAUUUUGAGACAGAAAGGCAUCGUCGUUAAAGACCCCACUGAGUUUUUACGCGAAAAAAUUCCAUUUGAAAAAUUUGAAGUUGUUGGUUUCAAAGAUAAACCAGUACCGUUAGACGAAACCCAUCCAAACUGGCACGAGAGGUCUCUGCUAACAUUCAAAGAUAAUAAUGUAUUGCUCGAAGGACUAAAGCAAGCGAAAAUUCUCACUAAUACAGUACAAAUUGAAGAAGGCCUACCUGAGAAGUACCAGUUGCAAGAUAUACCUAAGGAAUUUAAUAGGAGGGUAAAGAAAAUUAUUUUAAGCGCAAACAUAUUUGAUGCUGAACAGAAAAAAUUGCCAAUAGUUAAAGAUCCUGCAAGGCCUGCUUUUACUUUUCCUAGAGAUUAUGGAGUUACUCAGAACAGAGUAUUUAAACUGUUGGUGAGUAAGCUUUUGAACCUGAUAGAAACUUCUUCAGAUCUUGAUAUGGUCAGACAACGUUACUUUGCAGAUAAUGUUUAUUUUUCAUAUCCAUUUGAAAGAAACGGAGAUCUUAUUCAGUUUGAAUUAGUAGGAGACACAGUAUUGCUUUCAGAAAAACCUCUGAGCCCCAUAACAGAAAAAAGUACCAACGAAUUUGAACUUCCUGAUAUUUUUCCAAUUAAACCUACCCUUACAUUAAACCAGGAGAAUAUUUAUGUUGUGGAAAAUAAUUAUCCUAUCAACAAAAAUGCUCCCAAAUAUUAUCCACAUACUUUAUUCAUAAACUUCGAUAAGGAAAGCGUGAAAAAUUUGUUUGAAGAAGAAGUAACAGAAGAGCAAAUACAUGGAAGGAGUUUGCUGAAAACAUUCACAGCAGCCGCUUCUCAUGCCAGAGCCAGAUUUGGGAAUGAUGUCAAAAAGUUGCCAACUCCAAUAACGUUGCAGUCGGUACAAACCGACGGAAAAAACUUUUAUUUUGGAGUGCUCCAAUUGAAUAAUUUGGAUGUUGAGGGCUCAGAACUGAAGAAUAUUUGGUACCAAAUUCCUUCUAUGCCAUUAUUUCAUAAAUGCGCCUAUGAAUUGGGUAAACCUAUACUUGGAGGGUAUAAUAAAAAUGUUGUGAAACAUUUAAUUUCUUUUUACAAUAAUGUUUGAUGUUUUAUAGUUUUAAGUUGUUGAUUUUGUAUAAUAAACUAAUAAAUUUUAAUAA